AUGAAUGUACAUGGACAAUGGCCCGAUCCUUAUAAGAAGACUUAUGGUGCUAUUUGGCCAUUGCCUCAAAAUAUCCAGAAUUCCUCGAAAAUUUGGUCGAUAGAUCCUAAAAAUUUCAAGAUAGAAUCUGAUUAUCAAUGCGAUAUUAUCACUAAUGCUAUUGAUCGUUACACUAAACGGCUUUUCCCUAUAUCUAAUAAAAGAUUAAAAAUCAGCAAAUUGAAGCAAAAUCCGCAAAAUGCACUUGGUGCAGCUAAGGAUCAACUUGGUGCUUUACAUAUCAAUAUUUUAAUUGCUUGUCCCUCUGGUUUUCCGCCAUAUAAUAUGGACGAAAGCUAUGAAUUAGAUGUGACACAAAAGAAAGCGAUAUUAUCAGCCAAUGAAGUUCGAUUCACUUCUAUAGUUUGGGGAGCUCUUCGAGGAUUGGAAUCAUUCUCGCAUAUGGUAUACUAUAAUAAAACGAGUGGCUAUCAAAUUCGUGCCGAGAUUGUCAAAGAUUUCCCACGAUUUCCGCAUCGCGGUGUUUUAUUGGACACAUCCAGACACUUUCUGUCCGUAAAUGCCCUGAAGGGGAAUAUCGAUUUAAUGGCACAAAAUAAAUUUAAUGUAUUUCACUGGCACAUGACCGACACUGAAUCUUGCCCAUAUUCCUCGAGAGUUCUGCCCAAAUUGGAUCACGGAGCAUAUGACGAUAAACAUAAAUAUACAAUCGAGGAAAUUACGGAUGUCAUAGCAUAUGCUCGUUUACGAGGUAUAAGAGUUAUUCCGGAGUUCGAUUCACCAGCCCAUGUUGGAUCGUGGGGCAAAGGUUAUCCGAAUAUUUUGGCGAAAUGUUAUGCAGAAGGAUUUAUUAUCGAUUCAUUCAAGAGUAGUAUUCUCGAUCCAACUAAGGACGAGACGUGGGAUUUCCUCGAAACACUUUUCCGGGAAGUGUAUCAAAUUUUUCCCGAUGAAUUUAUACAUAUUGGUGGGGAUGAAGCUUAUUAUUGGUCCGAACCAUGUUGGAAAAAUAAUAAAAACAUUAGUGAUUUUAUGAAAGAAAUAUUUGAAUCUGGUGCUCAACUAAUGAACUCAAUUAUUCAAGUUUGGCAAGGAAAUACAUAUCGCGAAAGAAUGGAAUACAUGCGUCGUAUUACAGAUGCAGGAAUAUUUGCUAUAUUAUCAUCAUGUUGGUACUUAAAUGAUAUAGCAAGCUUACGGGAUUGGAUUAUAUUCUACCAUUGUGAUCCAGCGGAAUUUGACGGCAGUGAAGCACAAAAAAAAUUAGUAUUAGGUGGUGAAGCAGCUUUAUGGGGUGAGUGGGUCGAUGAAACAAAUAUAUUCGCUCGUUUGUGGCCACGUGCAUCAGCUGUUGCCGAACGUUUGUGGAGUCCCUCAAAUUUCACCACUUCUGCGAUUAAUUCCUGGCCAAGACUUUACGAAAUGCAAUGUCGGAUGGUAUCGCGCGGUUUUUCUGUACAACCUGGAUUCGGGCCUGGAUUUUGCGAUAUUGAACACCAUAUUACACUUCCAGUAUAG